CCACUGGACAAGGGUAGAAACCAUCCUCAGCUUCACGCAGGAACAAGCAGAGGCACAGAGUUGGCGCCCGGAUUACAGAACCCAGAGCCCAACCCUGGAGACCUGAUUGAGAUUUUCCGCCCCUUCUACAGACACUGGGCCGUCUACGUUGGUGAUGGAUAUGUGGUCCACCUGGCCCCCCCAAGUGAAAUCGCGGGAGCGGGGGCGGCCAGCCUCAUGUCCGCCCUGACCGACAAGGCCAUAGUGAAGAAGGAGCUGCUUUAUUUUGUUGCCGGGAAAGACAAGUACCAUGUCAACAACAAGCAUGACCAGAAGUACUCCCCGCUGCCUCCCAGCAAGAUUGUGCAGCGGGCGGAGGAGCUGGUGGGGCAGGAGAUGCUCUACAAGGUGACCAGUGAGAACUGUGAGCACUUCGUGAACGAGCUGCGCUAUGGAGUCCCCCGCAGCGACCAGGUCAGAGAUGCCCUCAUGGCGGCUGGCAUCGCAGGAGUGGGCUUGGCAGCCGUGGGCCUCAUCGGAGCUGUGAUCUCAAGAAACAAGCGACAAAAGCAAUAAGUUGAAGGGACUGUCCUGACAGCAAUUACUUUAUACAUUAACAGGAACUUGUUUUGCUAGAGGUUUUGAGGUUUGGUUUAUGGCUUUCAUUCUGUUUUUAUAAUAAGGCAUAUUUUCACAGAAUUAAAUACAGCCCAAUAAAGGAGGAUUUUAUUGGGGGAAAUGCAGCCA